CGGUUACAGUGUUUUGAUGAUACUUCUUCAUCUAUUAACGAAAAGUAUUGAUAGCUAAUAGUAUUAAGUGGAUUUUCGAUCGCAAUAGGGCUCUUUUGCAGUCUGAUAAUGUUGUGAAAGAAAAAUAGAAUGUCAUAAAGAUUGUAGCGGCGUUUUUCAUAACCUCGACCAUUCUCAACGAGUUACACCUUCGUGCAGAGAAAUGCCACCGAUAAAGAAGACUGAUUUAGAUAAACUAGCAUGGACUUGGGUAGAAGGGGUUUUACCUGAAGAAAUAGAAAGGAUACAUUUGGAAACUGCUUAUAGGAUAGGUUUAAAAACCUGUAAAAACUGCAAGCGUAAUUGCACAAACAAUCCACAAUGUUUAACAGGUUUAGGGGAAGAAAAGUAUAUGAAAUCGCAACUGAUCGAAGUAAUGUCUUUAGAAAGUUCUUUAUCAGAAUUACGUGAUCCAACAGAAUAUGUUGGUUUAAAGAAUCUAGGUGCCACGUGCUACGUUAACAGUUUAAUUCAAAUGUGGUUUCAUAAUGAAGAUAUGAGGAGGAUUAUAUACAAAUGGAACAUCACGGAUGAUACAGAAGAAAGGGAGGCACUGUGUCAAGCUAAGAAGGCAGGAGUACCAUUUCAUCCAGUGACAGCAGUUGGCCAGUUGCAAUAUAUAUUUGCAAUGAUGCAAUUCGGAAACCGACGUCUCCUUGAUCCACUGAAUCUGGCUAUCGCAUUGUCACUGGACACUAGAACUCAGCAGGACGCGCAGGAAUUCUCCAAGCUGCUUCUGUGCCAUAUCGAAGGGAAGCUACAACAAACUUCACAACUGAGGCAGAUGCUGCAGGCGCUGACUCAAGGGAAAAUCAGCUAUAUCAAUUGUUGCUCUACAUGCGGUACCGAAUAUCCAACUUCGACGACAUACUACGAGUUGGACCUGCAGCUUGCACCUACCCUCAAGGAGGCGAUAGAGAAAUACUUGUCCGUGGAGCAACUGACUGGAGCAAAUCAAUAUCAUUGUGUUACCUGCAAUGACAAAAAGGAUGCACGACGAUUUAUACGCUUGGAAUCGCUUCCGGAAACGUUGAACAUUCAAUUAAUGCGUUUCGUGUUCCAUAGGGAUUCUGGGCAGAAAAGAAAGUUGAAUUCUUUUAUACAGUUCCCAGAAGAUCUUGAUAUGUCUGAAUAUGUAAGAUGCCCAUCCCAGAGUCAGGUGUACAAUCUUGUUGCGGUUCUAAGUCAUAAAGGGCCAUCUGCGCAUUCGGGUCAUUACAUUGCGAAUAUAUGUAAUUCAAACGGAGAAUGGUAUCAAUUUAGUGACGAUAAAGUGGAGAAAAUGCAGAACAAACGAAUUGAGGAUAGCGUUAACGAUACUACGAAAGUUGUAAAACGAGGGCGUAUACCAAAGGGUUGUCUUUCAUCCAACACCGCAUAUAUGUUGGUCUACAAGAGAGUACCUAUGGACGGGCGAAUAAACUAUAGUAAGAAGAAUAAAUUAAGAAAACCGGAAGCCGAUACUACUACUCGUAAUAUCAUCACUCAUAGUGAGAUAGACAAAUCGGAUUCGUCUGACGAAGGUAAACGUAAGAAUGGACCAGAUUCUACUGUUUCCAAUUUGGACACUCCUGGAAAAGUACUGAAAUUGGAUGGAGAAAAUAGAAUAGACACAGAGCUCGCAGUGUCUUCUCAUGAUGUUGAUUUCGCGUCUAAUGAACGGAAUGGAAAAUAUGAUGAGUCUGACAACAAAGAAAAUCAGCUUGAAGCAGAAAUAAAAAGACCAUUGGCACCGGGUACGAAAGUAGACUAUAAAAGGCUGAACGGUGCUGCGCAUAGGGCCAUGAGUUGUGGAGAACGAGAUUUCUAUGAAGAGAUGGAGUUCGAGAGUUGGGAAGUUAGUUCUACGUUACGGGACGUAGUGAGGCAAGAAAAUGUGAAGCAUGAAUUAAGUUUGUUGGCUAUCCAACAAGAAAAGCAAAAGGAAAUCGAAGAUCAGAACUUAAAAAGGCAACUCGUGAUAGAUAUCUACAAUAUCGUGUCCAAUACAACCUCAUGGGAUAAAUACCAAUGGAUUCCCAGUGACUGGCUAUCAAAAUGGUUAAACGGUCACACAUUUACCGAAGGAGUACCACCGAUCGACAACUCAUCCUUAAUCUGUUCGCAUCAUCGUCUUGAUCCAUUAAAAGUGAAUCGUGCAAAGUGCAUGCCUCAAUCAGCCGCGGAUUUGCUCUUCGAAAAAUAUCACGGAGGUCCACGAUUGGAUCAGAAUUUUCUCUGCGAAGUUUGCGUGAGGCGUCGAUACAAAUUGCUUCGGUAUAAAAUAUCAUUGGAACGCGAUCAUAAAGAAGUCAGCGAACUUAUUCGCACCUUCAAAGAGCCGAUUGAGACGAGUUAUAUCGUAGGUGCGGAUUCAUUGAAGUCCUGGCGAAGGUUGGCUAUGGAGAAAUUCAUAGAUAACUUGGAGCAUGAAAUUAAAGAUGAAGAUGGUCAGGACGUGAACAGUCCACAAGAAGAAGGUAAAAAUAAUAGCAAAGAGAAUGAUGGGUCGAAAGAAGUGGAGGAAAGCGAAGAAAACGAGGUGAUAAUCUACUUCAACGAAGAUUUGCUCUGCGAGCACAAUUCCCUGAAAACACCUGACUCGACGAGGAAAGUGGUACCCCGUGAAGCCUGGAUCAUUCUUCGGAAAUAUUUCCCGGAGUCCAAGGAAUAUUCAAUUGGAUCUGCAUCCUGUUCUAUAUGCGAGGAAAAGAUGGAGACCGCCCAGAGAGCGAAGAAGGAUGACAAGAUAAAGGCGAAGCAGCAGAAGGACGAGUUAAUUGAUCUGUAUCACGGGAAAAAUCGGAACGAGAUACUAAGAUGCGAGGACCCGGAGAAGGCAUUUUAUAUACUGGAGAAAGGCUUCCUGGACAGUUGGCGUUCUUUUGUUCGGUACGCUGAAGUAUUUUCGAAAGCGCCACCACCAGGGAUACGGAACGCCUUGCUCCUAUGUGAACCACACAAAGGAUUUCUUUAUUCACCCACGGUUAACAACGACUUGUAUACAAUAGUGACCGCGGAGGAGUGGUCGAAGUUAAUGCAGUUCUAUGACGUCGAUCAUCCAGUCGUCAUAAAAAAGAGUGGCUCGGAGUUCUACACCAAUCCUGGUCUCUGCGCAGCCUGUAUGCUGGUGAGAGUGGAACAAGAACGUCUGGAGAGCCUGAAGUACGAGAGGGCGACGAUUUACAUAAAAUGCGUGGAGGAGAACGAGGAUUCGAAGUCGGAGAACGACACAGAGGUGGCUGCAAAGAGACCGAAGAUACAGACCACCAGGCCGUCGAGAACACGGCGGAACUUGAAGGGAUCCCACGAGCUCAAAGUUUCCUCGGAAAUCACCCUCAAGGAGCUAAAACUGAUGACUAUGCAGAUCUGUGGCGCUGGACCGUACGAUCAACACCUGAUGCUUGGCGAACACGAGCUCACCGAUCACAGCCAAAGUCUCGCGGCGCUCGGUAUAUUUCCUGGGGCGCUUCUCACCUUAAAGAUCGACACACCGAUAGAAAACGAAGCGGACGUCGCAGCGGACGCGAACAACCCUGAGUCCACCUCCCCGGAAAAGGGUUUCAAGGGAACGGAAUUAGUACCGAGCUGAUCUGCAUCAUCGAGGAUCAGGGGCUAGCCAAUUGCUUUGU